ACAUCUGGUCUGCCACCAGAGCGACAUCUACUUAUGAAAGCUACUAUCAACAUCAGCGACUUUACUUUUCGAGUGUCAUAUAUUGAGUUUAAACCAACAACCUCCCCCCUACAAUUUUUUCUUUUUCUUUUUUAAUGCUUCGACACUCGUUUUCUUUGACUCGUUACUUUAAGCCAACAAGGACAGUUUAUACUACAACUUGUUUAGUUCAUACAAAGCAAGAUAAAAGCUUUCAAUUAAAGACACCCAAAGGCACACGUGAUUAUAAUGAGAAAGAAAUGGCAGUUCGACAAGAUUUAUUUACUACAAUCACUCGUAUAUUUGAAAGACAUGGUGCAGUGACCAUUGACACACCUGUGUUUGAAAUGCGAGAUAUUCUCAGUGGCAAAUAUGGUGAAGACAGUAAACUGAUUUAUGAUUUAGCAGAUCAAGGAGGAGAAGCAUGCUCGCUUCGGUAUGAUUUGACUGUGCCCUUUGCAAGAUAUUUGGCUAUGCAAGGUAAAAAAGAAGCACAACAAAUCAAGCGUUAUCAGAUUGCCAAAGUGUAUCGACGUGAUCAACCCAUUAUGACCAAAGGUCGUUUGCGUGAAUUCUAUCAAUGCGACUUUGAUAUUGCUGGUGUCUAUGACCCUUUGAUUCCUGAUGCAGAAGUCUUAAAAGUUUUGUGCGAUACAUUGGAUCAAGUCAAGAUUCCGUUCCAUAUCAAACUGAAUCACCGUCAGAUUUUAGAUGGUCUAUUUCAAGUAUGUGGUGUACCCUCAGACAAGAUCAGAACAAUUUCUUCUGCUGUAGAUAAACUAGACAAAUUAGAAUGGGAGCAAGUCAAGCAGGAAAUGACUUUAGAGAAAGGAUUAGAUCCCUUAAUAGCAGAUCAAAUAGGAGAUUAUAUUCAGCGAUUUCAAGAUCAAGAUACAGAUACACUGCUGGCUAGAUUAGAACAAGACAGUCGAUUAAUGAGCCAUGCAGGUGCUGCUCAAGGCAUUGCUGAUCUUAAACUCCUGCUUGAAUUCUUGGCUAUUUACAAUAUACAUGACCGUGUCAAACUCGACUUGAGUCUAGCACGUGGACUAGACUAUUACACAGGCAUUAUCUAUGAAGCAGUGGCAGAGAAGACAGAAGGUGUUGGAUCGAUUGCUGCCGGCGGUCGAUACGAUCAUCUGGUAGGCAUGUUCUCAGGCACAAAUAAGGCAGGCAAACCCAAAACGAUUCCCUGUGUGGGUGUCUCUAUUGGUGUUGAACGUCUGUUUUCUAUCUUGAUGUCAAGGCAGAAACUAUCUGAUAUCAAGAGUAAUAAGACACAAGUCUAUGUGAUUUCUGUAGGCGAUGGUCUUUUAAAAGAGAGAAUGGAACUGGUUCGAGAAUUAUGGGAUGCUGGGAUUCAAGCUUCAUUUAUGCAGAAAAAUAAGCCCAAAUUAGAAAAACAAUGGGUUGCCUGUGAAAAGGAACAUAUUCCGUUUGCUGUCAUUAUUGGUCAAGAUGAACUCAAUCAUGGUCAAGUGAGAAUUAAAGACAUGAGAAACAAAGAUAUAGAGCAAGGCGGUGGUUCUUUAUUCAACAGAAAAGACAUGAUAACCGAGUUAAAACAAAAAAUAACAACCAUAGCACAUUAAAAUAAAGCAUAUUUAGGUCUGUGUACGAUACUCUGGUAAAAAAGUACGAGGAUUAUGUUGAGAUACGCGUGGUGGUAAAGGUGGCGUAGGCGAUGUAUGAAUGCCU